AUGGAAGACGAGUUCUUUGAAACUGGUGUUAGUAGUGCCAAUUUAAACUUUAGUGCAGAAUGCAUUGUAAACAAGAAUUUUACAUUUCAAUUCUUAUCUUCUGUUUACCUAAUAGUUUUCCUGAUCGGAUUAUUUGGCAAUGGAUGUGGAUUGUGGAAUUUGUGCAUGAACUGGAAAAAGUGGAGUUCUAUAAAUGUGUUUGUGUUAAACCUGGGAAUUGCUGACCUCCUCUAUGUGAUCACGCUGCCAUUUUUUGUAUCUUACUACAGAAGUGAAGGAGUGUGGAAGUUUGGCUAUGGAUUCUGCCGGCUUACUCGCUGCCUCUUCCACGUAAACAUGUACGCAAGCAUUAGCUUUCUCACCUGUAUCAGUGUCCAACGCUACAUGGGAAUUGUGCAUCCAAUGAAAACGGUUGGCAGAUUAGGGAAUUUGAGAUAUUCCUUUUAUAUUAGUAUACUUGUUUGGAUAUGGGUAAUAAUUCAGAUCAUGCCUAAUCUACUUUUUCCAAACACUGAUAGCAAUGUAACAUAUUGUCACGAUUCGACUGUGAAUGAAAAAUUAGAAACCUAUAAGCCUUACACAAUGGUUAUAACGUUUACUGGAUUCUUUAUUCCUUUUGUCAUUAUUUUCGUAUGUUACACUUGCGUUCUAAUAGUUCUGACAAGAAAUACAAACGUGGACAUUAAUUUGAAGAGAAGAAGCAUGAAAUUAGUUUUCAUUGUUAUGAUAUUGUUUUCUGUUUGCUUUCUCCCAUAUUAUGUUUUCCGAAAUGUCAAUUUGCUUUCCAGGAGUUGGCAGCUCCAAGGAACUUGCACUCAGACUCUAAAGAAUGUAUAUAUUUCUUACCAAGUUACCCGAGGUUUGGCAAGUCUGAACAGUGCCAUUAAUCCUUUGCUUUACUUAGUGACAAAUGAGAACUUUGUUUCUAAGUUCAGAGAACUGCGCAAGAAAGCCUGGCAUGCACUUCUCAAUAUGAGGAGAAAUACAAAUUUGAAUGACAAAAGACAACUACGUAUAAGUGUGAGCAAAGAUCAAGAAGAGGUAUCUGAAGAACUUUAG